AUAAAAGCAAUUAAUGUCAAGGUGGAGCUCGUAAUUGAUAAUACUCUGUGCGAUAAUGAAAUUUUGUUCUGCAUAAAUGCGUAAGAAGGGACAUAAUUCUGAUCAGGUCCAACGCAAUAGAGAAAUAUAACCUGGUAUAUUGUGAGUUCCAUCCAUCACUCGUGAGACAUUUUUAAACAUCCGUUAGUGGCCCACCUGCUAAUGACCCAUAUCUAUUGGCCUUUGUGUUUCUGUUUCACGAGGUCCUUGUUUUACUAGGUUUUAUCUAUAUGAGCAUACAAAAUAUAAAAGAGAUUGGGAAAACAAAUGAUGGAUGAUGUUCUUAAAUGUGUGUCAGUUACACUUGGAUGAAAAGAAAAGUGGCCGCUUUAUUGUCAAAGCUUUGGUCAUCAGCUUCAAAAGUUUCUUUUAAACUGCUUAAUACUGUCACAGUCUAAAUGAUUGAAGAUUUUCAAAUUUCGAUAAUUUAUGUGGACAUUGGUAUUCUUCGAAAUGAAAACCUUGGAAUUUUGACGUAUGAUUUAGUGAAUAAUGGGUCAGAUUGUGGCUGGUGGAGGUUUUAUUUUAUUGUCAGAAAUAGAUCAAAGCAGGCAGCAUUUGGUAUGUGAGCAAACUGGCUUGUUUUUAACACUGAUGACAAUGGCAUUGUAGAAUAGUGUAAGAUCAAUGAAGUGACGCAAGUCCAUAAUGAGUUUAGAAACCAAUACAACAGAGAGUAGAUAACUGCACUAUGCAAUAUACUGGAGCUAGACUUCAUCUAUCUCGGUAAAUGACAUCCAAAGCCCAAUUGAGGCCAAGAAUUGCAGGCUGACAGCUUGUGCACAGUGACUGUGCAUGAAUUCUUCCAAUAGUCGUGUACAGAUCAGGUGACAAAAUAGAGGUGGCGACAGAUUCCGAUAUCAGAGGGGGUGCCAAGGUUCCUGGGAAGAUGGGCCGGAAAAAAAUCCAAAUCUCACGAAUCGGCGAUGAAAGAAACAGACAAGUAACCUUCACCAAGAGGAAGUUUGGUCUGAUGAAGAAGGCGUAUGAGCUGAGCAUCCUCUGCGACUGUGAGAUUGCUCUCAUCAUCUUCAACAGCGCCAACAAGCUGUUUCAGUACGCCAGCACCGACAUGGACAACGUGUUGCUGAAAUACACUGAGUACAACGAACCGCACGAGAGCCGCACCAAUAAAGACAUCAUUGAGGCUCUGAACAAAAAGGAACACAAAGGGUGUGAGAGCCCUGAUCCUGAGGGCGACCUGUACAGUAACUCGAUGACCUCCGAGGAGAAGUACAACAACCAGCACACAAACAGAAUGGCUGACGACUACCAGCGCUACCAGGGCGUUCAGAGGAACAUGUCCCCAUACCCAGGUCCAGGGAUGCCCCCAGGCUUGACCUCAGGUAUCCCCAUCCACAACUACAUGAACCAGCCUCUGUCAGGGCACGGAAUGUCCCCACAGCAUCCCUCUCAGGUCAACUCAGGUCCGGGGCUGCUCCAGCCCCCUCCGGUCCACCAUAGUCCGCGGCCAAAUUCUACUGGUGGAAUGAUGGAGAUGAGUAGUUCUUCACCUGCUCCCAAUGGUUACCCCCACAGAGCCUCCCCCUGCCCUUCCCCUGGAGCCAUGGUCAACAGACAAUCGAGACAGUCUCCUCCCUCCAGGGGGCCUCCCAUGGGUCGUCCAAUGAUGGGCAACUCGCACAAUGGACUGGUCAGUCCAGACUUGCAGGGACGCCCAAGUUCCUCUCUAUCAAACCCAGCAGUAUCACUAACAACACCUAGUGUCCCAGGCAACAGCUAUCCGUCCCCUCUACCUACAUCCUAUCACAAUGACUACAACGUGAAUUCAGCAGACUUAACAGGUCACAUGUCAAAUUACAACCAUUCACCAUGGAAUAAUGGUGGGGGUCAUCACGGGGGAUCUCUUACUUCAGGAAUACCUCCAGGAGGGGGAGGAGGGGGUCAAAACCUUCAUGGCAUGCCUGGAUCUGGACACCUUUCUCCAUUAGCAGUGAAUACAAUGAAUCAGAAUGUACUCUCAUCUAUCAAAAGUGAGCCCAUCUCCCCACCCCGAGAGUCGACGACCCCUUCCAACCACCACUCACUACGACCCCCCUCGUCUGCAGGGCCGGGCCAUUUAUCACCAGUUCAGAACUUAAAUCACACACAUAGUAACAGUUCCUCACCCACGGGGAUAUCACCCCACCCACUAGAUUAUGAUGGACCACAUCUAAAAAGACAGCGUGUGGGUGGGUGGCCCACCUAGUGAUGGCCGAGUGUGGUAGCUAGUGAUUUGAUUAGUGAAAAGUGUUCUAGAUGUACUGACAGUUAUAUUAUAAAAAAUGACUUUAAUAUAUAUUGUUAUUUGGGGGGAAUGAAAUAUUCUGUGGACUAUUUAUACACAGGACUUUUAUGUGUUGCAGAAAGUGAUUGUGCCUUCAUUGUUUCCAAGACAUAGCCACUACUUCAUUGUAAAUAAAAACCCGCAUUUCACUUAAUUCUCAUCUUUUUCAUCAUCAUGAUAAUGGACUGCAAAGAAAAAGAUCAGCAUAGAGCCCCUCGGAAAGACAAGCAAACAGGCCACUGCAUUUAGGGGUUUUCCAAUCUCUGGUCAUUUCAUGCUAUCGCGCAGCUUCAUUUUAUUCCCUUGUGCCAGAAAUUCAGUGAACAUGCUUGUAAACCAUUUUUCCUGUUAAGAAACACUUAUUGUCAACUGUACACCAUUGUAAGAUUUUGUCAGUAAUUUUUUUUUAAACUUUAUUACUAUGGAACUAUGCUGUUUCGGCAAGCUAUCUUUAUGCAUUUACGUCAAAAUUAUAUUUAAUAUUACCAUUAUCCAAUUAAUGGUAUACUUUUAACAUAUCCAAGUCUUGUUCCCCUGUAAAAAACGGUCUUAUGCCUGCAAAUUUUAACCCCCCCCCCCCCCUAAUUUUUUUUUCUUGCAAUGAAUUAAAGAAUAAAGAUUUUUGAAUGAUAUAAUGUUUCUUGUCAGGAUGUGGAAUAUUGAUGUAAAUAUGUCCUCUUGACAACAUUCAAUUGGAUGUUAUACAAGCUGGUCUUGUGCCCUUGUGGAUUAUGUAUUAUAUACUAAAUGUUUUAUUAUUGUCAUAACAGGUGGAAUUUUAAGUACAUACUUGAUGUUAUGAAAGGGGUAAUUUCCAAAACUUCACAUAAUCACAUAAAAGGAUUUUUUUUUUCAAAACUUGAAACAUUAUCAAUUUUUUUUCCAUACACACAAAAGUGUUAACUUGAAGAUGUAUGUCUGCAGCAGAUUUAAUACAAGGAAAUUUUUUUUCUUUUUAAUCCAUGAAGUGGCCUUUUUCGUGUCAAACUUUAUCUUUUCAAAGUUUCACCAUGCAACGUCAAACCGGUGGUGUUGAAGCUAUAGAUAUGAAAUGUUCAUCUUGUAUACAACAGAAGAUCUGUGUUCCUCUUUUCCACCCACCUCUCUUUGUUUGCCUUAUAUUUUUUGAAUUGUUUCUUCACUGGUACAGUGUACUUACAUGUAGUUUCAGCAUUUUGAUCGAAAACGUGAGUUUUCUCCAUGCAAUGCAGUUAUACAAACGAACAUGCCUUUGAUUAAUAUAGUGCUGAUAUGGUUAUAGCCAACAAUUUCAUUUUGUUUAAUUUUUUUUAAUCAAAAAAGUGUUGAGGAUUUUUUUCCUUUUGUUUUUUGAAUAUUUUGUACAAGAUUAAUGUUUUACUGUUUUCAAUAUCUUUUUUAUCCUAAUUAAUUUUUGUAGUGAUAAGAACUUUUAGCAGCAUAAAUGGCAUUUUUGUGUGUUUUGAUUUCUAUGGCAAGGCAUGACAUAAUACAUGGUAAAUUUUUUAAAUUCAACAACAUUUUAAAGAAUUAAUUAUUUUCCAUCAACAAGUUUUUUAAAUGAAAAAUCUCUUUUACUCUCACUUUGUCAAAAUAUGCAAGGCGAGAAUCAAUGUAUUUUAAUUAAGUACAAUCAUGUUUAUAAUUGCUUGCACUGAUUACAUGCAAGUAUGCAAAUGUCAAAAUUAAAGCCUUGUACAGUACACCAUAUCUUUUACACCAACCAGAAACUCACUAGAUAGAUGAUAAUAUAAUAACAAACAGGUUCUGGUUCAUAUAGAGGGUUAAUUACAAUGAAAGUUCAUGAACCAUGUGCAGUAACCUGUUUAUGUACCAAUAACCCGAGAAUGUUUCACAGUAUUUCAUUGGUAACAUUUUUCUAGUCUGUUUUGUUUGAAUUAGUGUUUAAUUAUUGUUACCAACCGAGAAAAAAAACAGCAAAGAAAUCAAAACUAAACGACUAGUACAUGUAUCGGAUUUCUGGGUGGUUUCUUGUUUUUCCUUUGACCUAGUGAUCUCUAGCUGAUCAAUGUCCAUGUGUCUGUGCUAUAUAAAUCAAAUAUGAGCCAAUAAUUAAAACACUCUAGAGAUCUCCUACCACUUUGUUUGAUGAAUGAUAUUGUUAUGGCUUUAUAAUGCAUAUUUCUGGUCAAUAAAAUUGUUGUAACAGAUA